GUGGCGCUGGACACAAACGAAACGCUCCACACCAACACAUGGUUUUUGUUUGGCAGAUCACAGCCGAAAGCGUUUAGAGAGAAGAACUAGUGUUCUGUUAUUCAGGGUUUUCUUUACAUGAUGUGGCUAACAUGAGCAGCAGCAGCAGCAGCAGUUACCCCACGCCGGUUUACUCCCACGCCGGACGCGGAAGCUUCCAGGACGUGUACGAGCCCGCGGAGGACUCGUUCCUGCUGAUGGACGCGCUGGAGAAAGAUGCAGAGACGCUGCAGCAGAUGAGCCCCUGCGUGUGCGUGGAGGUGGGCAGCGGCUCCGGAGCGGUUUCUGCUUUUCUGGCGUCGGUGGUCGGACCUUCGGCUCUUUACCUCUGCACCGACGUGAAUCCAGCUGCAGCUCAGUGCACAGCCAGAACCACCUUUACUAGCAUCCUUGGGUAA